GUGAGAAAUGCAUCUUUUUCUGAUGAUUAUUAUUAGUUGCAUAGAAAAUGAAGACUGAUGUCUCCAUGGAAACGCAACAUGAUCACAAAGUGUGAAGUUAAGGUCAUAAAGAAGCUGCAGUCCGAGUUAAUUUCUGUUCAUAGAGGAGAAAAUGACAAUAAAAACACAUAAAUCAUCCAUAAAAAGGAAGAUGUUCAGAGUCUUUCAGGUUGAUGUUAGUUUCUGAGAGUCUCCAGGUUCUGAUCCGGUUCUGCUCUAAAUGCUCCUCAGGUGAAAACCCAAGCAGAACCUGCAGGAUAUCAGCAGAGAGAGUAGUUCUGCUGGUUCUGGUCGGUCUGCUGGCUGCUGCUCUCAUCGUCAUCUACAGACUCUCUUUUGCUGUUUUGAUGACCAAUCAAACCGUCCAAACCCUGAAAGAGGAAAAUGAAGCUCUGAAGAGAAAUCAAUCAGAGUUUGAUAAGAUUCACACCAAUCAGAUUCUCCAAAGCCUGAAACAGGAGAAUGAAGCUCUGAGGAGAAAUCUGUCAGCUCCACCUCCUUCAACAUGUCAACCAGCUCCUGCGUUUAAUCCAACUGCAGUAAAUAUGAAAUCCUCGUGUCUGAAGUGUGAACCAGGCUGGGAGCUGAACCAAAACAACUGUUAUUAUUUUAACACCAAUAAAUCCUCCUGGACUGACAGCAGACGUUCCUGCGCUGAUCUGGGAUCAGACCUGGUGAAGAUCCACAGCAGAGAGGAGCAGGCUUUUCUGGCGAGAAAAGUAACCAACAUGAUGGAGUACAAUAAUGACAUGUUCUGGAUCGGACUGACGGACUCAGAAGUUGAAGGCAGAUGGUCGUGGAUCGAUGGAUCACCUCUGGAUGAAAGUUUAAACUUUUGGAGUUACACACCUGAUGACUGGAAAGGUUCUCGUCAACAACAUCCAGAGGGAGAAGACUGCGCAACAAUGGGGACAAAAUUAGAACCUGAAAAACAGAAAUGUUGGGCUGAUGUUUUCUGUUUUCUUUCUCAAAAAAGUAUCUGUGAGAAAUCUCCAGAAACUGGACAAACAUUUUGUGUGUGAGGUUCAGUCCAGGCUGCAAAACAACCAGAGUGAAACAUUUGAGACACACGUGUCAAACUCAAGGCCCUCGGGCCAAAUCCGGCCCACCAGAAGUUUUCAUGUGGCCCUUUAGACUCUAAAAAUAGAAUCUUCAAGACUACGGUUGUGUUUUUAAAUAUUAUUUCAUUAGUCAAAUCAACAGUUUUAUCUCUAUUGUACCAAAUGAAAUAAAGGUGAAAAGGUGUUUAAUAUUAUUUACUUUCAGGAAGUUCCCAUUGAACUCAGAGAUAGCUGUUUAUUAAUAUUUUAACAGUUCGUUAAUAGGUAAUUUAAUCAACACAUUCGGCCACAACUGACCCUUUAAAGGCCUUUUAACUUUGAUUGUGGCCCAAAAUGAAACUGAGUUUGACACUCCAGAUCUAGAAGACGUAGAGGUGCAGAGUUAUGUUAGAUAAUGUCAGGUUCAUUUACAGUUUAAUCCUAGAUUCAUUCAAAGAUAAAUACUUUUCUGCUUUUAAACUUUUUCUCUCAGUUCUCAUCAUAUUUCCAAUGACUCAAAAAUAAAACAACUUAAUAUUAAGACAAUACAUUGAUGGUGAGAUUAAAGUAUAAUUUGUUUACAUAACUAAUGAAAACAAUAUUCAAAAUGUGUGUCACUGUAAGUAUCUAACUAAGAUGGUUUUAUGUAACGUUUUAAA